CUGGGGGCGGGACUAGGCUCGGAGGGGCGGAGCUGGGCGGGGCCUUGGGAGGCUCCGGUGCAACCUUGCGAAGGUUCCAGAGUCGUCUCGUGCGGAGGGCGGGCCGCCGUGUCGCGCCGGGUCCGUGGAGCUCGCUGCCGGCGCUGCGACGCUCGUGGGUGGCGUGUUCGGCUUUUCCUGUCUGCUUCGGUGCACCGCUGCAGCUCCGGCCUCGGGUCUGACGCGCCACGGCAUGGCUUCCGCUUUGGAAGAGUUGCAGAAAGACCUGGAAGAGGUCAAAGUAUUGCUGGAAAAGUCCACUAGGAAAAGACUACGUGAUACUCUUACAAGUGAAAAGUCCAAGAUUGAGACGGAACUCAAGAACAAGAUGCAACAGAAGUCGCAGAAGAAACCAGAACUUGAUAAUGAAAAGCCAGCUGCUGUGGUUGCUCCUCUUACAACAGGAUACACCGUGAAAAUCAGUAAUUAUGGAUGGGAUCAGUCAGAUAAGUUUGUGAAGAUCUACAUUACCUUAACUGGAGUUCAUCAGGUGCCCACUGAGAACGUGCAGGUGCACUUCACAGAGAGGUCAUUUGAUCUUCUGGUAAAAAACCUCAAUGGCAAGAAUUACUCCAUGAUUGUGAACAAUCUUUUGAAACCUAUCUCUGUGGAAAGCAGUUCAAAAAAAGUCAAGACUGAUACAGUAAUUAUUCUAUGUAGAAAGAAAGCAGAAAACACAAGAUGGGACUACUUAACACAGGUGGAAAAGGAAUGCAAAGAGAAAGAAAAGCCUUCCUACGACACAGAGGCAGACCCUAGUGAGGGAUUAAUGAAUGUUCUAAAGAAAAUUUAUGAAGACGGAGACGAUGAUAUGAAGCGCACCAUUAAUAAAGCGUGGGUGGAAUCCAGAGAGAAGCAAGCCAGAGAAGACACAGAAUUUUGAGGCUUUUAAAAGUCCUUAUGGGAACUGUGAUGUGGAAUGCUCAUGUUCCAGUAAGGGGAUGUUGUUGAACUGCACAUAUUUGUUCAUGUGGGUAUGUAGUUUUGAUAGAUAAAUAUUUACACAGCCUUUUAAGUAAAGAUAGCAGAUUCUCCAUUUCUUACUGGAGGAUUUGAUUUAAAUUAAACUAUUUCCUUCAUUAGCACCCCAGACAUUUUGUUUCAGAAAAGGCUAUAUGGCAUUCUUACUGAAAAAUGUAAAAAGGAAGUCUUGCAUAAUGAAAAUGUUACGUCACAGAUGUUGGUUUUGGCUGGGAGAUAGAAUACAGAAGUGUUUGUAACUGACAUUAGGUCCCAGUAAUAUAAACAAUAAAGCAAAUUUUGCAUAAAAUUCAUAUUUGUACAAAGUUACUACAGAGCUGUUCCAUUAUUACCAUGUGUUACCAUAUACCACUAAUUGAUUUAAGUGUACUUACGAAUAUAAAGUUAAACAAAAUACAAAUGACAAAGAUAGACAAACAUCUUGUGUUGAUAAGAACUAUCAUGGUUCAGAUGGCUUAAAAAUAACCAUGAUGUGAAAACUUGAAAACGCCCUUUGUUCAAUAAAGUUGGAGUUUUACUUAAAA